AAGUCACUACUAAACAGCAACAAGAAGCUCGUGAACUAUUAGUUAGAAACCACGACGUUUUUACUACAGAUAUAUCAGAAGAAGGCCAAACUAUAGAAUUAGGUUGUACUAAUAUAGUUCAACACCGUAUUAAUACAGAGAAUAUAGCGCCAAUUAAGCAGAAGCCAUAUCAAAUUCCUCUAGAUGCACAGGAAUUCCUACAGAAAAAAAUAUCAAAAAUGGAGAAGUUAGACAUAAUUCAAGCCGUGGAAGGACCUUGGGGAUCACUAGUAGUUAUA